AUGGCCUCCCUAUGGUCGCCAUUAUGUGAUCGCUUGGGAAUCAACUAUCCGAUUUUUGGCUUUGCGCACGAUGUGUCUACAGUGGCAGCUAUCACCAAUGCCGGUGGCUUUGGUGUCUACGGUGCAACCCGCCGUUUUCCGCAUGAAAUAACCGAGGAGCUGGCGGCCAUUCGCAAGCUGGUCGGCAACAAACCUUUUGGUGUUGAUCUGGUGCUGCCGCCCGGCAUGCCUGAACAUAAUUCCCGUGAAGCCAUUGAGGCUGAAAUACCAGAUGCCCACAAAGCGUUUGUGCAGGGGUUGAUAGAAAAAUUUGCGGUGCCGCAAGCCACCGAGCCUGGCAUGCGGACCCGGUUUAUCCGUUCCAAAGAAAUCGAAGAUGCACAAUUGCGUGCGGUGCUCGAUUCAGAUGUUGAUAUGUUUGCCUGUGGUAUUGGUGCCCCUCCGGAUGCGGUGGCAGAAGCCAAAGCGGGUGGGAAAACAACCCUGGCCCUGAUAGGUAGUCCCCAUCACGUUGAGCGCAGUAUUCGCGCCGGUGUAGAUUUUCUGGUGGCGCAAGGAUACGACGCCGGUGCGCAUACCGGCCCGAUUGGAACCUAUUCACUGGUGCCGCAGAUCGUAGACGCCGCCGGUGAUAUCCCGGUGCUUGUGGCGGGUGGCGUGGCCACUGGCCGGCACAUUGCUGCGGCUCUGGCUAUGGGCGCGCAGGGUGUCUGGUUGGGUACCGCCUGGCUGCUGUCCAGUGAGCAUCAGGGCCACAUGCACCCGGUCAAUACGCGCAAACUGAUUGAAGCGGGCAGCGCAGACACGGUGAUUACCCGUUCUGAAAGUGGCAAAACUUUCCGGCAGAUACGUACCGGCUGGAGCCAGGCCUGGGAAGCGGAGGACGCACCAGCCCCGCUGAAAAUGCCUUACCAGGAUGUGCUGGUCGGCGAUUUAUUAGGUGCAAUCGAAGAACAUGACAUCGAACCGCUGAUCCACUCCGGCGCGGGUCAGAGUGUGGCUUACUUCAACGAAGUAAAACCGGUUGCCGCAAUCAUGCGUGAACUGGUAAACGAAGCGUGUACAACGCUUCAGUCGCAAACUUUAAGUGGCCAAUGGUUGGUCGACUUUGGUGAUUCCGAUCUUGUCCCGGACCUGCGCAACCGACCCCAGGGCCGGCCCAGCCGUCGUGUACAGGGUUCCGUCAAUCGGGAAGCGCUACGCGUUGCUGACGGCUCAGCGCUUGCGUUUAUUGCCCACGAUUUUCAGGUGCUGCGAGCAGAUAAGCUGACCAUCGAACAGAACCGUGACUCAAUGGGUCUGGAUUAUCAGCCGGGUGUCUACCGCGACGUCAGCUGGGGAGAGCGGCAGCGCGGCUUGUGGGAGGUGCACGCGGGAUGGGAAGAACAGCAGCUUGUCAUCAUCUCCAAAGCUCGCAAUAUGCGCGUUGAGGAGCGUCUGCAGCUGGUCAGCCCGGAUCUCCUGGAAGUGCGGGUCAACAUUGACGCUGACGGUGAGCAGCUGGAGUUUCUGCGUGUCUUCAACCGCCAGCCGUAA